AUGCAGUUGCUGAAUGACCGCCUGGCCAGCUACCUGGAGAAGGUGCGCCAGCUGGAGCAGGAGAAUGCAGAGCUGGAGGGCCGCAUCCGUGAGUUUUCCCAGCAGCAGGUGCCCUAUGCCUCCCCGAACUACCAGUCCUACUUCCAGACCAUCGAGCAGCUCCAGAAGAAGAUCCUGUCCAGUAAGGCUGAGAACACCAGGAUGGUGUUGCAGAUCGACAAUGCUAAGCUGGCUGCCGACGACUUCAGAACCAAGUACCAGACGGAGCUCUCCAUGCGACAGUUGGUGGAGGCUGACAUCAACAGCCUGCGCAGGAUGCUGGACGAGCUGACCCUGUGCAAGUCUGACCUGGAGUCCCAGGCGGAGUCUCUGAAGGAGGAGCUGUUGCAUCUCAAGCAGAACCAUGAGCAGGAAGUCAAUGCCCUGCAAAGCCAGCUUGGUGAGCGCCUCAACGUGGAGGUGGAUGCUGCCCCCAAUGUGGACCUGAACCGUGUGCUGAAUGAGACCAGGUCUCAGUAUGAGGCCCUGGUGGAGAACAACCGCAGGGAUGUGGAGGAAUGGUUUGCCAAACAGACUGAGGAACUGAACAAACAGGUGGCAUCCAGCUCGGAGCAGCUGCAGUCCAGCCAGGCUGAGAUCAUGGAGCUGAAACGCACUGUUAGCUCCCUGGAGAUCGAGCUGCAGGCCCAGCACAACCUGAAAGACUCCCUGGAAAACACAUUGACAGAGACAGAGGCACGCUACAGCUCUCAGCUGUCCCAGGUGCAGAGCAUGAUCACCAACGUGGAGUCCCAGCUGUCUGAGAUCCGCUGUGACCUGGAGCGUCAGAACCAGGAGUACCAGGUGCUGCUGGAUGUCAAGGCGCGCCUGGAGAGUGAGAUCAACACAUACCGGAGCCUGUUGGAGAGUGAGGACAGCAAGUGA